AAGGAGCAAGAUAAAUAAAUACAGUAUGGGGAUGAGGUAACGCAAUCAGUCGAUAUACUCGACAACUAUCAUCAGAAAUCAUGCGAUUUAAAUCAGACAGUGGGGCCCGCCUGAUUCACAAGUGAGUCAGAAGGUUCAAAUCAACGUUUCAUAUCGUGGUGUAGAUGUACUGUAUUGACAAUGGCACAAUAACGCGAGAUCACAUUUCCAGCAUGGCCGACAACCAGACCUCCCUUGCCCGCCAUAGGAAGCAAAAUUGUAAUUAUUAAAUUAUAAGUGAUCAUUGCAUUUGCAGUUCUUAAAUUAUUUAAAACAUAUUUUUAAACUCUGAAACACUGAACGAGCUUCGGCAACUCGUGGUCCAUGUGACUAGCUUUCCUGACAUUGCUAGCCCUUGGUUGCGUUGCUAGCCCUCGGGCGCGUUCCAGGUUGCAAGUUGACAAGGAUACGUUCCUUGCCAGGUGCAACCGCGUCGCAGGUCUGGAUGGGUGCGUCCAGAUGGUCUUCAUAAUUCAUCAUUUCUGGAUAUAUUAUAACCGAUAUUUGACAUAACAGAUUAAUCUGUCAGAUUAACAUAAUUGGUUCAGAUUAUUUGAUGAUUUAUUGGCCUCUACCUUUAUUUUAUUUUUUACAAAUCCCAUUUUUAAACAUUGAACCUUUAUUUAACCAGGCAAGUCAGUUAAGAACAAAUUCUUAUUUUCAAUGACGGCCUAGGAACAGUGGGUCAACUGCCUGUUCAGGGGUAGAACGACAGAUUUGUACCUUGUCAGCUCGGGGGUUUGAACUUGCAACCUUGCGGUUACUAGUCCAACACUCUAACCACUACGCAACCCUGCCGCCCCAAAUAACUAUUGCAGGGCUGACCAACUCUGUUCCUGGAGAGCGACCAUCCUGUAGGUUUUCGCUCCAAACCCAGCAGUAACUAACGUGAUUCAACUUAUCAACCAGUUAGUUAGGUGCGCUAGAUAAGGGUCUAAACAAAAACCUACACUCCCAUUCCAACCCAGAAUCCUUACUGGAUUUCUAUUGACUUCCAAGACAAGAUUUGGAAGGAUGGCCACACGAGGCUAGCAUUGAACAUAUCACCUAACCACAUAUUGGUGGCGUUCCUGCCUGAUUAUGUUGAAGACUUUGCGUUGCAUAAACCAAUGUUUGUGCGCCACGUCAUCAAGUGUCGUGAAGUACAUUCCUAUAUCAUAUGAUGUUAGUUAGCUGAUAUGUUAAACACCUAUCCAAGCUUUGCGUGAUCUGGCAGGCAUCUGCAAUGUAGUCAGGCAGGAAUGCCACCCAUAUUAUAUAGUGGAGUAGUAUAGCAAUCUAUUGGUUGAUGCAAUACAUUAUCUGCAAUUUGCAAUUCAUAAUCCAAGAUGGCGUAGCAGUCAGGCGUCUUUGUCCUGUCGUGUCCCUUGUAUAUAUCGUUUUACAUAUUUUUCGUCGCAUAUCCUUUAAAAUAUUUUGCUAAACCUCAUCAUCUAAAUGCUCUCCUGCAACCCGCCUCACCCAAUGUGGCGUGGAUCUGCUUUUUUUUCCUAAAGUAUUUAUAUUUACUUCGGAUCUGGAAUCCCUCAACUGAAGCUAGCCAGCUAACCACCAGACUCACAUCUCCCUCACUAGCUUUAAGCACCAGCUGUCAGAGCAGUUUACAGAUCACUGCACCUGUACUUAGCCUAUCUGUAAACAGCUAAUCUAUCUACCUACCUCAUCCCCAUACUGGUAUUUAUUUAUUUUGCUCCUUUGCACCCCAGUAUCUCUACCUGCACAUUCAUCUUCUGCCGAUCUACCAUUCCAGUGUUUAAUUGCUAUAUUGUAAUUACUUCGCCACCAUGGUCUAUUUAUUUCCGUAACUUACCUCAUUUGCACUCACUGUAUAUAGACUUUUUGUUUUCUUUUGUUCUACUGUAUUAUUGACUGUAUGUUUUGUUUAUUCCAUGUGUAACUCUGUGUUGUUGUAUGUGUCGAAUUGCUACGCCUUAUCUUGGCCAGGUCGCAGUUGCAAAUGAGAACUUGUUCUCAACUAGCCUACCUGGUUAAAUAAAGGUGAAAUAAAUCAAAUAAAAAUUUGGUCAGGGCCUGGAACAUGACCCUCAACUAGCUGAAUCAGGUAUGUUAGGUUAGGGUUGGACUGAAUACCCACAGGAUGGUAGAUCUCCAGGAAGAGAGUUAGGUAGAUCUGUUGUGACCUAUGUAAGUACUAGGUCAUAUUUAUUGGUGCAGACCGUAGCAGAAUUCCCUUUUUUAAUGGAAAACAAAAAAACUGUUUCUUAUAGGACAAGUUCAGGUAGGCAGAUUCAGUUCAUCUUCGUUCUGUUUGGUGCCUAUUGAAUACGACCCUGUACUGCCGCCUCCAAUCAAGUCCCAGGCUUUUAUGGGCACACUGCCCAUCAUUUGCUCUUCUAUAGUUUUGUGUUUGUGUAGAGAGGAGUCUCACGCAUUGGUCGUUGACCGAUGGCUGACACAGAUUCUACUUUAUGAAUUCAGAAAGACUGCCUCUGCUCAUGGGAAAGAUAAAAAGGAAUUCGGUGAAGGACCGGUCGUGGUCUCAUGUUUCAUCUGUGUGUAGUGACAUUAGAUUGGUCUGUUACACUGGUCGCAGCAAAACUCUUUAUUGCCACACAAUCAGAGUUGGUGGUAAUUGCUUUUGGUACAGCGUGAUAGGCAAAAAUUCUCACAAGGUUUUAAUUUGAAUGUAUUAGUCGAUAAGUACAACAUUUUAAGGCACAGUGUGAAUUGCAUUGACUCUUAAAUGGCAAGAGACAAAAUAAUAUAGACCGGCAAAAAAUACAUGAAAAAAAAUCCCAGACAUUAUACAGCUGUGCCAGGGGAAAAAAACCUCUCCCCCAACGUCAACAAAACAAAAGAGCUGAUCGUGGACUUCUGGAGACAGCAGAGGGAACACGUUCCCAUCCACAUCGACGGGAGCGCAGUGGAGAAGGUGAAAAGCUUCAAGUUCCUCGCCAUACACAUCACUGACAAUCUGAUGGUCCACCCUCAUAGACAGUGUGGUGAGGCGCAACAGCUCCUCUUCAACCUCAGGAGCCUGAAGAAAUUUGUCUUGGCCCUUAAGACCCUCACAAUCUUUUACAGAUGCACCUCUUGAGAGCAUCCUGUUGGACUGUAUCACCGCCUGGCACGGCAACUGCACCGCCCGCAACUGCAGGGCUCUCUAGAGGGUGGUGUGGUCUGCCAAAUGCAUCACAGGGGGCAAACUACCUGCCUUCCAGGACACCUACAGCACCCAAAGGCACAGGAAGGCCAAAAAGAUCAUUAAGGACACCAACCACCCGAGCCACGGCCUGUUCAUCCGCUAUCAUCCAGAAGGCGAGCUCAAUACAGGUGCAUCAAAGCAGGGACCGAGAGACUGGAAAACAGCUUCUAUCUCAAGGCCAUCAGAUUUUUAAAUAGCUGUCACUAGCCAGCACCCUGCCCUGAACUUAGUCACUUUCACUAGUCGAGUACCACCCGGUUACUCCACCAUGCACCUUAGAGGGUGCUGCCCUAUGCACAUAGACAUGGAAUCACUGGUCACUUUCAUAAUGGAACACUGGUCACUUUAAUAAUGUUUACAUACCGUUUUACUAAUUUCAUAUGCAUUUACUGUAUUCUAGUCAAUGUCACUCUUACAUUGCUCAUCCUAAUAUUUAUAUAUUUCUUAAUUCCAUUCUUUUACUUUUAGAUUUGUGUGUAUUGUUGUGAAUUGUUAGAUACUACUGCACUGUUUGGAGCUAGGAACACAAGCAUUUCGCUACACUUGCAAUAACAUCUGCUAAAUAUGUGAUUUUAAAAAAUAUAUAUAUUUCACCUUUAUUUAACCAGGUAGGCAAGUUGAGAACAUGUUCUCAUUUACAAUUGCGACCUGGCCAAGAUAAAGCAAAGCUGUUCGACACAUACAACAACACAGAGUUACACAUGGAGUAAAACAAACAUACAGUAGAAAAAUAAGUCUAUAUACAACGUGAGCAAAUGAGGUGAGAUAAGGGAGGUAAAGGCAAAAAAAGGCCAUGGUGGCGAAGUAAAUACAAUUUAGCAAGUAAAACAAUGGAAUGGUAGAUUUGCAGUGGAAGAAUGUGCAAAGUAGAGAUAGAAAUUGUGGCUACCAAUCUACAUUCCGUUAAAGUGUCCAUCCAUAGCCAAAAACGUGAGGGUAGAGCUGGGGAGCAGGGUGGCAAAAUAUAGCCAUCUGCAUUGUACUGGCUCAAGUUCCUUCUCUGGCUCUUUGGUGCAACUGACAAGCUGCACAACAUCCUUGAAUACAUGAGCCCUUGUAAUAUUAUAAUAAUAUUCGUAUAACCCAUCUACUGUAUAUCAGCACCAUGUCACCAGGUCAAAUUCCUGGCACGUGUAAAUGUUCUUGGUGAAGCUUGUUCUGAUUUUACGGCCCGUUGUUACAACGUUAUUUACAAACAGAAACAAAAUCACCAUGUCAAUAGCAACACGGUAACAUAACAAUAGUGUACCACAUCAGCCAACAUAUCAUGGAAACAACCUCACUAGUCAAUGAAGAUCGUACAUUUUCCUGAUCAAUUAGGGGUAUUGAAGGCCUCUUUUGACCAGGGAAUGACCAGGAGACGGUUGCCUCUGCUGGCAGCCACCAGAACUGGCCUGUCAGAGAGUAUGGUGGAGAACUGGUUAGGGAAUGAAAGAGUAAAGCUGGCCCAGAGUAAAGCUGUCUCUCAACACAAAACUAAGCUCUACAAACGUAAUAUGUCAGCUUACAACCUGUUUAUGAGGGACCACCUUAAAGCUAAAGGAGUUAUGGCAGGUACACUGGGCAAAUGGCAGGCAUUACCACCUGCCACAAAAGCCCAUUACAGUGAGGAGGCAGACAAGCUACGGUCAGGAGUUGAAGGGGAACCUGAAGGCAUUAAAAAUGAAGCAGAUGGACAGGGCAGAGUUCCAUGUAUGACUGUGGCUGCCAAGCAGGUGGUCAUUGAAAUAGAGGGCAUGCCAGCUGGGAUAGAGUUGAAAAAGCCCUCCCAUUAUGGCAUGGACCAACUAUCUUCCAUUUUGGAGGCAGGCCAUGGCAUCAAGUUCACAAUAACUAGGGGUGGUGCUGGGCCUAGAGCUGGAGAUGGGAGUGGAGCUGGGCCUUGAGAUGGGCCUGGAGCUGGAACAGUGCCUGUAGUUGGUGCUGGGCCUGGGCCUUUAACUGGAGGUUGGGCUGAGGCUGGAGCUGAAGGUUGGACUGCACCAGGACCUGUGUCUAAUUCCCUGGAGACAUCCUUGCAGUUGCAAUGAACUCCAUUAUUACUUAGCCACAAUGAAUUGUUUUUUAAUAAAAAAAAUUAUUCCACGUUGUGUUGGGUGUAAUUACAUUGAUAUAUCUAGUGAAAACUGGAUAAGCAACACUGAACUGCACUGUCACGACUUCCACCGAAGUCGGUUCCUCUCCUUGUUCGGGCGACGUUCGAUGUUUGGCAUCACGGUCUUCUAGCCAUCGUGGAUCCACUUUUCAUUUUCCAUUUGUUUCAUCUUGUUUUCCUACACACCUGGUUUUCAUUUCCCUCAUUAAUUGUUAUGUAUUUAACCCUCUGUUCCCCCCCAUGCCUUGUGUUGACUUGUUUGUUGUAAGUGCUUGUGCACAUGUUUACUGGUGCAUGUCAGGUUUUGUUUUGAUGUUGGUUAUUUCUUUAUGCCGUUGGUUUUGCAAUUAAACUGCUCCGGCUAUUACCUA